UUCCUUCUUCCUCCCUCUCCCUCUUUCUCCCUCCCCUUUUUCCUGCGGAUUUUUAUUCCAAAGGACUGCCUCAUUUUGGAGAUGCAGUGACAAGAUAAUGGAAGUAAAAGUCUGGGUUUCCAAGAAGGAAAAUUAUAGGAAGAAGACAGUGGAAGGGAAGAGCAGUUAAAACAGCCUCAGUACAUCUAAGAAAGGGAGAAGACUGAAGCAAUAUCAGACCAUAGUACCCCGAGGCCAACAAGAUCAAGACUGGCAAGCUAACAGAUCAGGGAUUCCUGAAGGUGUGCCUGCUCCUAGCUGAUCAUUAUUAUUAUCGGUUAUUAUUUUAAUAAACUGGUUGAAGCUUCGUGGGCGAAGUAAGGGCUGCUGCCUCUCUGCCUUCUCGUCGUUCCCUUUGCCGGGCUACUGCUGCUGCUGCUGGUGCUGCUGCAGCUGACAGGAACGUGUUAGGAAAGCAGAAGAAGAUGCCAGCCAUCCUGGUCGCCUCCAAAAUGAAAUCGGGACUGCCUAAACCUGUGCACAGUGCCGCACCGAUCCUGCAUGUGCCCAUGGCCAGGGCUGGCCCCCAACCUUGCUACCUCAAGUUUGGGAGCAAGGUGGAGGUGACCAAGCCUGUUUAUUCGAGCCAGAUACCCCUGAAAUCUCAGGGGCUGCAUGAGCCUGCGGGGGAUGGGCUCCCCCUGAGGAAGAGCAGCUCUGUGGAAAACGGAUUUGACACCCAGAUCUACACAGACUGGGCCAAUCACUAUCUAGCAAAAUCAGGUCAUAAACGCUUAAUCAAGGAUCUCCAGCAAGAUGUAACUGAUGGCGUCUUAUUGGCUGAGAUCAUCCAGGUUGUAGCAAAUGAAAAGAUUGAAGACAUCAAUGGCUGUCCAAAGAAUAGAUCUCAAAUGAUUGAAAACAUAGAUGCGUGCCUGAAUUUCCUGGCAGCUAAGGGAAUAAACAUACAGGGUCUGUCUGCAGAAGAAAUCCGGAAUGGAAACCUGAAGGCCAUUUUAGGCCUUUUUUUCAGCCUGUCCAGAUACAAGCAACAGCAACAGCAGCCCCAGAAACAGCAUCACUCAUCUCAGCCAGCUCCCACGGCAGUGGUUUCACAGCUGGCAACAUCUCCCUACCAGUGUCAGGUCGGGGCACAGCAGCCUCAGCAACAGGUGCCGGUUACCCCCCAAACCCAGUGCCAGCCGCACCCACCAGCUUCCCAUCAGCAAUCAAAAGCACAGCCAGAAAUGCAGUCCAGUACACUAUCCAGGGACCCAUCUCAAAGCAAACUCAUCCGGUUCACUCUGGGUCAGAAAAAAAUCUCUAGACUCCCAGGUCCUACCGCGAGGGUAUCAGCUGCAGGCAGCGAAGCCAAAACUCGUGGGUCUGUUAGUGCCAACAACCGGCGAAGCCAGAGCUUUAACAACUAUGACAAAUCCAAGCCUGUUAACUCCCCACCCCUACCGCCAAGCAAUGAGCAAGAGCCAUCAGAAAGCCCCACCUCCUCACUCCCAGGGAUGAAUGAAAAUGCACCUGCCUCACUUCAGAGCAGUAGCAGUCCCACUUCCGUUCACUGCAACAACUCUUCAGCCAUCCCCCAGCCAGGCUCAGCUGCCAAACCCUGGCGAAGCAAAUCCCUUAGUGCUAAGCACACUGCCACUUCUUCCAUGCUCUCUGUCAAACAGCCAGUGCCAGAGACACCCAGACCCCCUCCAGAAAACAUCAAGCCAGCACCCAACAACCAGAAAUCAAUGCUAGAAAAGUUGAAGCUCUUCAAUAGCAAAGGGGGAUCCAAGACAGGAGAGGGUCCAGGCUCUCGAGACACCAGCUGUGAGAGGUUGGAGAUGCUUCCUAGCUUUGAGGAGAGUGAGGAGAUUGAGGCUGCCAGUCGAAAUGUCCCCACUACUGGCCCAGCAUCCAACAGCCCCAAAAUCGCACUCAAAGGGAUUGCACAGAGGACAUUCAGCAGGGCUCUAACCAAUAAGAAGAGUUCUCCCAAGAGCAAUGAGAAAGAAAAGGAGAAGCAACAACGGGAGAAGGAAAAGGAGAAGAGCAAGGAUACUAUCAAGAGAACAUCUGUCACAGAGAAGCCAGAAAUAAAAGAGGAGCCAAAAGAAGAACAAACAGGAACCACUACCACAGAGAUGCCAAAAAAGUCAUCAAAGAUCGCAAGCUUUAUACCCAAAGGAGGAAAGCUCAAUAGUGCCAAGAAGGAGGUGCCCCCAACCUCCUCCUCGCACAGCGGAAUACCAAAACCAGGGAUGAAAACCACACCUGGGAAAUCCCCAAGUGCCCCACUACCUUCAAAGGAAGGGGAGAGAAGCCGUAGCGGGAAGCCUAGCUCAGGGCUGUCUCAUCAGAAGACUCCACUGGACAGUAGGCGCUCCAGUUCCUCCUCUAGCUUAGCCUCCUCUGAAGGAAAAGGGCUCGGAGGAAUGGUGACCUUGAACAGCAGCCAGACUGUCAGUGGGCCAACUGGUACCACCCAGACCACAGGAAGCAAUACUGUCAGUGUUCAGCUACCUCAGCCCCAACAGCAAUACAACCAUCCCAACACUGCAACAGUAGCUCCUUUCAUGUACAGGUCACAGACAGACAAUGAAGGGAAUGUCACCACAGAGCCCAGCACAGCAGGAGUGAGCAUGGAGCCAGUGCUGUACACCAAGAGUGGACAAUCGGGUCUAGAAGAGCUCUCUGGAGAAGAUCCUGAGACUCGACGACUACGAACUGUGAAGAACAUUGCUGACUUGAGACAAAACUUGGAAGAGACCAUGUCCAGUUUACGAGGAACUCAGGUUACACACAGCACAUUGGAAACCACAUUUGACACCAAUGUCACCACUGAAAUAAGUGGGCGUAGCAUCCUCAGCUUGACAGGAAGACCCACUCCUUUGUCUUGGAGAAUUGGACAGUCUAGCCCUCGGCUUCAAGCAGGUGAUGCACCCUCAAUGGGCAAUGGGUACCCACCAAGAGCCAAUGCAAGCCGCUUCAUCAACACUGAGUCAGGUCGUUACAUGUACUCAGCCCCCCUGAGAAGGCAGCUAGCAUCCAGGGGCAGCAAUGUUUGCCACGUGGACAUCUCAGAUAAGGGGGGAGAUGAAAUAGACCUGGAGAGCAUCAGCAUGGACGCCACCGGCUACAUGAGUGAUGGUGAUGUUCUAGGCAAGAAUAUCAGGACUGAUGACAUUACCAGUGGGUACAUGACUGAUGGUGGACUGGGUCUCUAUACUCGGCGACUGAAUCGGCUGCCUGAUGGAAUGGCUGUGGUGCGAGAGACACUUCAACGCAACACCUCACUUGGUCUUGUAGAUGCUGACAGUUGGGAUGACAGCAGUUCUGUCAGCAGUGGGAUCAGCGACACUAUAGACAAUCUCAGCACUGAUGAUAUCAACACCAGUUCCUCCAUCAGCUCCUAUGCCAAUACUCCAGCCUCAUCGAGAAAAAACUUAGAUGUACAGACUGACACCGAGAAGCAUUCACAAGUGGAGCGGAAUUCUCUUUGGUCUGGUGAUGAUAUCAAGAAAUCAGACGGGGGUUCUGAUAGUGGCAUAAAGAUGGAGCCUGGGUCCAAGUGGCGGCGGAAUCCCUCUGAUGUGUCCGAUGAGUCUGACAAGAGCACCUCAGGGCGAAAGAACACAGUCAUCUCCCAGACAGGCUCAUGGCGGCGGGGCAUGUCAGCCCAGGUUGGCAUCACCAUGCCACGGACGAAGACUUCUGCCACAGCGGGCACCCUGAAGACUCCAGGGACAGGAAAAACAGAUGAUGCCAAGGUAUCAGAGAAAGGAAGGCUUUCCCCUAAAACCACACAGGUGAAACGCUCCCCAUCAGAUGCAGGUCGAAGCAGUGGUGACGAAUCCAAAAAGCCUCUUCCCAGUAGUGCCAGGACAGCUACCGCCAACACCAAUGCCUUUGGGUUUAAGAAACAGAGCGGCUCCACAAUUGGGCUGACAAUGAUCACAGCUAGUGGAGCCACCAUCACCAGUAGAUCAGCCACCCUGGGCAAGAUUCCAAAGUCCUCUGGGCUGGUGGGGAGGUCCACCAGUCGGAAGACAAGUAUGGAUGGGGCCCAGAACCAGGACGAUGGCUAUCUAGCCCUAAGCACGCGGACAAAUCUGCAGUACAGGAGUCUGCCUCGUCCCAGUAAGUCCAGUAGCCGGAAUGGGGCCGGUAAUAGGUCCAGUACCAGUAGCAUAGAUUCCAAUGUGAGCAGCAAAUCAGCAGGCCUACCCGUGCCUAAACUGAGGGAGCCUUCCAAGGCAGCCUUGGGGAGCUCUCUGCCAGGACUCAUCAAUCAGACGGAUAAAGAAAAGGGAAUUUCCUCCGACAAUGAGAGUGUAGCUUCUUGUAACUCGGUUAAAGUGAACCCAGCAUCUCAGCCAGCAUCCAGUGUGGCUCCAGCCACCCUUCAGCAAGGAGCCAAGUACCCAGAUGUAGCAUCUCCCACACUACGAAGACUCUUUGGUGGAAAGCCUGCUAAACAAGUGUCCAUCACCACAGCUGAAAAUAUGAAAAAUUCAGUGGUCAUCUCUAAUCCUCAUGCUACUAUGACCCAGCAAGGCAACUUAGAGUCCCCCUCUGGCAGUGGCAUUCUGAGCAGCGGGAGCAGCAGCCCACUGUACAGUAAGAAUGCCGACAUGAACCAGUCUCCAUUAGCCUCUAGCCCCAGCUCAGCCCAUUCUGCUCCUUCCAAUAGUCUCACCUGGGGCACCAAUGCUAGCAGCUCUUCGGCAGUGAGCAAGGACGGCCUUGGAUACCAGUCCAUUAGCAGCCUUCAUACCAGCUGUGAAUCCAUUGACAUCUCCCUCAGCAGCGGAGGGGGACUGAGUCACAAUUCUUCCACUGGCUUGAUCUCUUCCAAGGAUGAUUCCCUCACUCCCUUUAUAAGAACCAACAGUGUUAAGACCACACUGUCAGAAAGCCCUCUCUCUUCCCCUGCUGCUAGCCCUAAGUUCUGCAGAAAUACUUUACCCAGGAAACAGGACAGUGACCCGCACCUUGAUAGGAACACUUUGCCUAAGAAAGGACUCAGGUACACCCCCACCUCCCAACUUCGAACUCAAGAAGAUGCAAAAGAGUGGUUGCGGUCCCACUCAGCAGGCGGCUUGCAAGACACGGCAACCAAUUCCCCCUUUUCCUCAGGCUCCAGUGUGACUUCCCCUUCUGGGACAAGGUUUAAUUUCUCCCAACUCGCGAGUCCCACCACAGCCACCCAAAUGAGCCUGUCCAACCCAACCAUGCUGAGGACCCACAGCCUUUCCAAUGCAGAUGGACCUUAUGAUCCCUAUACUGACACCCGCUUCCGGAAUAGCUCCAUGUCGUUGGAUGAGAAGAGCCGGACCAUGAGCCGCUCAGGCUCCUUCCGAGAUGGCUUUGAAGAAGUUCAUGGAUCUUCCCUGUCCUUGGUUUCCAGUACAUCAUCCAUUUAUUCCACACCAGAAGAAAAAUGCCAAUCAGAGAUUCGAAAGCUACGGAGGGAAUUGGAUGCCUCCCAGGAGAAGGUUUCAGCCUUGACUACUCAACUGACUGCUAAUGCUCACCUUGUAGCUGCCUUUGAGCAAAGCCUUGGGAAUAUGACCAUCAGACUUCAGAGUCUAACCAUGACGGCCGAACAGAAGGAUUCUGAACUGAAUGAGUUAAGAAAAACAAUUGAGCUUCUAAAGAAACAAAAUGCUGCUGCUCAGGCUGCCAUUAAUGGAGUAAUUAACACACCUGAGCUCAACUGCAAAGGCAAUGGUACUUCACAGUCAGCUGACCUCCGUAUCCGAAGACAACACUCCUCAGAUAGUGUCUCCAGCAUCAACAGUGCUACCAGUCACUCUAGUGUGGGGAGCAACAUAGAGAGUGAUUCAAAGAAAAAGAAGAGGAAAAAUUGGUUACGAAGUUCCUUCAAGCAAGCUUUUGGUAAGAAGAAGUCCCCCAAGUCAGCUUCCUCCCAUUCCGACAUUGAGGAGAUGACAGACUCUUCUUUGCCUUCCUCACCAAAGUUGCCACACAAUGGCUCUACGGGCUCCACACCGCUGCUGAGGAAUUCGCAUUCAAACUCUCUCAUUUCUGAAUGUACAGAUAGUGAGGCAGAGACGGUGAUGCAGUUACGUAAUGAGCUGAGGGACAAGGAAAUGAAGCUCACUGAUAUCCGCCUCGAAGCUCUCAGCUCAGCCCACCAGCUCGAUCAGCUCCGAGAAGCCAUGAACAGAAUGCAGAGUGAAAUUGAGAAGUUAAAAGCUGAGAAUGACAGGCUCAAAUCUGAGAACCAUGGUGGCAGCUGCAGCCGGGUUCCAUCCCAGGUGUCCAUCUCAUCUUCCCCGAGGCAGUCCUUGGGCCUCUCUCAACACAGCCUGAACCUCACUGAGUCAACCAGUCUGGACAUGUUGCUGGAUGACACUGGUGAAUGCUCGGCACGGAAAGAAGGAGGCAGGCAUGUUAAGAUAGUUGUCAGCUUACAGGAUGAAAUGAAAUGGAAGGAGGAUUCCAGGCCACACCUCUUUCUUAUUGGCUGCAUUGGAGUCAGUGGCAAGACCAAGUGGGAUGUGCUGGAUGGGGUGGUUAGACGACUCUUCAAAGAAUACAUCAUUCAUGUGGAUCCAGCAAGUCAGCUGGGCCUGAAUUCAGACAGUGUUCUAGGAUACAGCAUUGGGGAAAUCAAACGGACCAACACUCCAGAGACUCCUGAGCUGCUACCCUGUGGCUAUUUGGUUGGAGAGAAUAACACCAUCUCAGUUUCUAUCAAAGGGCUCUCUGAAAACAGCCUGGACUGUCUGGUCUUUGAAUCUCUUAUCCCCAAACCCAUCCUUCAGCGGUAUGUCACCCUUCUGACAGAGCACAGGCGGAUUAUCCUCUCUGGACCCAGUGGAACUGGAAAAACUUACCUGGCUAACCGUCUGUCUGAAUACAUGGUCCUCCGAGAGGGACGGAAGUUGGUAGAUGGAGUCAUUUCCACCUUCAAUGUAGACCAUAAAUCUAGCAAGGAACUCCGUCAGUACCUGUCUAACCUUGCCGAUCAGUGCAAUAGUGAAAACAGCCCUGUGGAUAUGCCUCUAGUCAUCAUUCUGGACAACCUCCAUCAUGUCAGUUCCUUGGGUGAGAUCUUCAAUGGGCUUCUGAACUGCAAAUACCAUAAAUGUCCUUAUAUAAUUGGCACAAUGAACCAGGCUACCUCUUCUACCCCCAAUCUACAGCUUCACCAUAAUUUCAGAUGGGUGCUGUGUGCCAACCACACUGAACCCGUAAAGGGUUUUCUUAGCCGUUUCCUGAGGAGGAAGCUCAUUGAAACAGAAAUCAGUGGACGUGUACGGAAUGCUGAGCUUGUGAAAAUCAUCGACUGGAUCCCGAAGGUCUGGCAACAUCUCAACCGCUUCCUGGAGGCUCAUAGCUCUUCAGACGUCACUAUUGGUCCUAGGCUCUUCCUGUCCUGCCCCAUAGAUGUGGAUGGUUCGAGGGUUUGGUUUACAGACUUGUGGAACUACUCGAUUAUCCCCUAUCUCCUGGAAGCAGUCAGAGAAGGACUACAGCUAUAUGGGAGGAGAGCCCCUUGGGAAGAUCCUGCUAAAUGGGUCAUGGAUACUUAUCCAUGGGCAGCCACCCCUCAGCAACAUGAGUGGCCUCCUUUGCUACAACUUCGACCUGAAGAUGUUGGGUUUGAUGGCUACUCUGUGCCCCGGGAAGGCUCCACAAGUAAACAGGUCCCCCCAAGUGGUGCAGAAGGAGAUCCAUUGAUGAACAUGCUGAUGAGGCUACAAGAAGCAGCCAACUACUCAAGCCCCCAGAGCUAUGACAGCGAUUCCAACAGCAAUAGCCAUCAGGAUGACAUCUUGGACUCCUCCCUGGAGUCCACUUUGUGAUCAGGGACCAAACACAAGGCCCUUUCUACCCUGGACCUUCUCCACUUCUCAUGCUUCUUCCCCCCUUCCACCUCCCAGUUCCAUCUGCAUACCCCAAACCAUCCCGAAGGCAGCCUCUCAUCCCAGCCUUCAGUCUCAGUGUUAGAGCUGUGAGAACAAGAAACCUUGUUUGUCAGCCUUGACCAUGGGUGCGGGCAUCCAAGUCAGACAACCUUGGGACUUUUUCCUUUCAACGACAGGGACUACUGCACUGUUUUCGUUCUUUCUCUUUCUCUCCUUCCUCCUCCCUUCCUUCUCCUUCUUUACUUUGCUUCUUUCUCUGUGAACUCCUAUGCCUGAGACCCCGAAGAUUCUUCUGGAUCAUUCCCAAAGUGUGGGAGACAAACCAACACACAGGGGGGGUUAAUGAAAUCCGUUGAAAACUCAGAAACUCAACAACCUCAGGCUGUGAACUGCGAGGAGAAUUAAAGGGGCGAGGAAUGGGGGCAGAAAAUCAAGCCUCUGCUGCUUUCUACCAAACAAAGAGCCUCUGGGCUGGGCAUGAGCUCAGCCCCACCAAACAACCUCAGCUCCAGAGGGCUAGCACCAUGUUGGGCAUUUGCCUUGGUGAUAGUCAACAAAAGGCAAAACUACAGGACAGGGAAGCCUUUUAAAAAAAAAUGAUGAUUUUUUUUAAUGGUGCUCUCUUUGCCUGAGACCUUAGUUUGAUAUGUUUCAACUCUGUCACACCUCUGUAUACUUUUCUAGAAGUUUAUUUAUAUAUAUAUAUAUGCAUAUAUAUACAUGCACAACCACACACAUAUGUGUGCAUAAGUGGCAUAUGCAUAAUGCUUCUGUUAUGUAUUGAUUAUACAUGUGUGUAUGUAUGUGUAUAUAAAUAUAUAUAUAAAUAGUAUAUAUAUAUAAAAAUCAGGUUGUUGGGUUUUUUUUUCUGCAAGCACUGUGUAUAGUGAGAGAUAUUCUACAGCUUUGAAGAACUGAACACUCACCCCUUCUGAAACAAACUUUGAGUUUUAUUCUUCUUUCUGACUAGCAUUGAUUCUGAAUUUUUUUUUCUUGCCCUUACAUUCAAAAUUGGUUUACAAUGGAGAAAAUGAGAGCUGCAGGAAUCAGCUUUUCAUUUUGUCCUAUGUGAUGUUUGAAAAUUACUCAUUUUAACAGCUCAGUAUCCCAGUCGUUUGCAACUGGGCCCUAGGGUACUUGUGUCUCUUUGAAGUAGCAGGGGCCCAUGCUGUCAAAACAUGGGUGAGCUGUGAGCCACGUGAGCCCUUCUUCCUCCUCUUCCUUCCAAACGCACAUCUGUGACGUAAGCAGCCAGGCUUGGACUUCGUUGAGGUGCGACGUCACCUCCCAAAGGAAUUGCACUUCCCUUUCCAUGGGAACCAAUAUAUGCCACAGGUCAUUGGGUGCGGGCAACCCCUUCCCGGAAAACCCAGCCUCUGCCUCCAUCUGGAUGAGCUUCCUCUGAUCUCUUCGGGUGCUAAACUUCAAAACGCGAUGCCUUACUCCUUUUGUACAAACUGCUCAUUUACGUUAGUGCCGCAUCUGCUGGGGUUGGAUUUUUCUAAUGAAACAAACAGGGCUAAAAUGUCAUCUCUUCAUGUGAAAUAGGAGAACACAAGUUGCUGUGAAUAUUCCUUGUCUGAGAGAAUCGCUUUUGUGGAUGUGUGGCCACUUAAAAAUAGCAGGAGGAAAAACUAUCAUCAGGUUCAUUUUAGUCUACCGCUGCAAAUUGUACUGGACCAGUAUCCAUCUUCUCUGCAGGAAAAAGACAAACUUUUAAUGUCCUAUAUACCAUACAAACCACCUUUACAGGAACCCAGUGUGCUGUUUCUUCAAUGUCCUGGUAUAUGUUUAAGAGCUUGUUAAAUCUUUGAGUUCCUUGUUUAAAAAACAAACAAACAAAAACAAAAAAAAAACAACCAAUUUGCAUGUAGUUUUGGAUUGUUUAUUUUCAAGGUUGUUUGUUGCAUCUUUUACAUUUUUGCUAGCAAGGUUAUGACUCCCUGUGGUUUCCCUAUUUUUUUUUUUUACUCCACAAGAGCUUGACAUGAGCCUGCUCACAUCACCACUUCUGAUUUGCCAACAACCCAUGAUUUUCUUUCUCCUCAAUUGACUGCCCUACCAGUGAGCGAAAUGCCAUUCAAAUUUGUCAUUGCUUUAAUCUCAGUAAACUCAGAUUACAUCUGGAGCUAGUAAGUCUCCCUUGAUCUUGAAUAUCUACCUUUGAUUUUGGCUAUGGUUUGAAGAGCCAUAUCAUUGGCUUCCAGCCAGUGUUCGAACACUAAACACCGUCAUCUAUCACAUUAAUGUGUGUUGCUGACUUCUUAGCUAAUUUCACACCCAGCAAUUACCUUACUUUCUACUACUGUGAAUUUGGGUGGAGAUGAAGUUGAUCUCUCAUUUUGGGUAAUUUUCCCAGCCACCUUGUGAAUAGACACCCAUUGAUAGUUUUUAAACUGUAUUUUGUUUUGUUUUGUUUUUUUUCCAGACAACACCCUUCCCGUGCCUCUCUUUUCUUCUUCCCUCCCUCCUCCAGCUUUCUGUGACCAGCCACAGAAAUAUCUCUGUGUCAUUGAUCACUCAAUGGCUGGUGAUCAUUUGGAUGACUGAGCAAGAGUGACUUCCAGUAAUUUAGUCCUUGGUAAUGAUCACAAACUCAGUGUCCUUUCAAGAGCUUCGGGAAGCAGGGUUGUCUGGGUGUAUUCUCUUUUUAAUUUGGCCAUAUCUUAAGUAUACAUAACACACCUUUGAAAGAGUGAUUGCUCAUUUAGGGCUUUGUCCAAAAUGCUUCCAUUUUGCCUUUUUAUACAGAGUUUGGCUCAUUUUGAAAUGUACAAAAUUCUAUGCAACAUUCAUGUUGAGUUAUGAGUGGAAGCCAAAAGUUUUCUUUCCAAACUGCCAAGAAUAUGCAGGCCAUAAAUGAGAUGGGAGAGAUCUUAUAAACUGGGGUGGGGAGGGAAGGGGCUUGGCUAGACCCUUUGUUGUACAUUGGGGAAAUUUUUUUAUUUCAUGGUUGAUGCUUAAACUUCAAUAUUCUGUGUAUUGAAACUUGUUUGACUGUGGCGAAUCUAUUUCAAAUUUUAAAAAAAACAUCAACUUUGUGGAUAUUAAAUGGAAGGUUUGCUGUUUUGACCUAGUUGUUUCCAGUGGAACAGUUUAUGAAAUAUGUUCUAUAAGAUGUACAUUUUUUCAUUGUAACAUACAAAUUGUAAAUAUUUGAUUAAAGUGCUGCAUUUUGAUGAAUUUUUUCUAGCCAUUUUUAAAGAGAAAACUAGGAACUGAGUAUUUUGUGUACGGUAUGAUGUUUCCAUCUUCCUCCCUUCCCUCUCUCCCUUCCUAUUUAAUUUUCAUUUGUCACUAGGUUUGGGAUUUGCCAAUGGUCUGUUGGAGAUCAUGCCCCAUGUCACGGAGAAUGAAAUUGAUGAUUGUACCAGUCUUAAAUUAUUGAUGAUUCAAUAAAAUCAAUGCUUAUUUAUUCA